GGGACCCCGGGUGGGGAGAGGCGGGGGUGGGCCCGGCGGUCACGUGAGCCGGGCCAGCUGUUAGCGGAGGGCGGCGGGCCCGAGCACCAGGAGUCUGGGGAGGGGGAAGCGCCGGACGGCCGCCUCUGCCACUGCAGUUGCAGCCCCCGAUGUCGCCGCAGUAAUAGCGGCCGCAGCAACACCCGCACCCUCGGCGCACUCUCGGCGGCCGCAGGAUCAGCACCGCAGAGCCGAGCCAGGAGCCCGCCACCCCGCAGGAUGCCUGUAGCUCCUCCAAGUUACUGUUUUGUGGCCUUCCCACCACGUGCUAAGGACGGUCUGGUGGUAUUUGGGAAAAAUUCAGCUCGGCCCAGGGAUGAAGUACAAGAGGUUGUGUAUUUCUCGGCUGCUGAUCAUGACCCCGAGAGCAAGGUUGAGUGCACUUACAUUUCAAUCGACCAAGUUCCCAGGACCCAUGCCAUUGUGAUAAGCAGACCUGCUUGGCUUUGGGGGGCAGAAAUGGGAGCCAAUGAGCAUGGAGUGUGCAUAGCCAAUGAAGCCGUCAAUGCCAGAGAACCGGCCGCUGAGACGGAAGCCUUACUGGGGAUGGAUCUGGUCAGGCUUGGUUUAGAAAGAGGGACAACAGCUAAAGAAGCCUUAGAUGUCAUCGUCGCUUUGUUGGAAGAACAUGGACAAGGUGGGAAUUAUUAUGAAGAUGCAGACGCCUGCCACAGCUUCCAAAGUGCAUAUCUGAUUGUGGAUCGUGAGGAGGCCUGGGUGCUUGAGACCAUAGGAAAGUACUGGGCUGCUGAGAAGAUCACAGAGGGAGUCAAGUGCAUUUGCAACCAGCUGUCACUCACCACUAAGAUUGACGCCGAGCAUCCUGAACUGAGGAGUUAUGCUCAGAGUCAAGGCUGGUGGACGGGAGACGAUGAGUUCAAUUUUUCAGAAGUUUUUUCUCCAGCUGAUGAACAUCUAGACUGCUGUGCAGGCAAAGACAGCUUAGAAAAGCAAGAAGAAAGCAUCUCUGUGCAGACCAUGAUUGACAUCUUACGGGACAAAGCCAGUGGAGUCUGUAUAGACUCCGAGUUGUUCCUCACCACAGCCAGUGUCGUGUCCGUCCUGCCUCAGAAUCGAAGCUCACCGUGCAUUCACUACUUUACCGGGACUCCAGAUCCUUCCAGGUCCAUAUUCAAGCCUUUCAUCUUCGUCGAUGAUGUAAAACUUGUCCCCAAAGCACAGUCUCCCUGUUUUGGGGACGAUGACCCUGCCAAAAAGGAGCCUCGGUUCCAGGAGAAACCAGACCGCCGGCAUGAGCUGUACAAGGCUCACGAGUGGGCACGCGCUGUCAUCGAAAGUGACCAGGAGCAAGGACGCAAGCUGAGGAAGACCAUGCUGGAACUGGAGAAGCAAGGCCUGGAAGCCAUGGAAGAAAUCCUGACCAGCUCUGCCCCCCUGGACCCCACUGAAGUGGGGGAUCUUUUCUAUGACUGUGUUGAUACGGAGAUUAAGUUCUUUAAGUGAAGUAAGCAUUCCCUGGCCCCUUCUUAUUUAAGGUUUCCCACCUUACUAAAUUACCAGCAAAACAAACCGCUCUCCUGUUUGAGUAAAAUGAGAACGUUCAGAUGUGCUAAAGUCGCACCGUUAGCUUGUGUUCCACCUCGAAUCUCGAAACGUCCCCUUCCUCUGCAGUGUAGGCCCCUUCUUUUGCAAUGUCACUUGUAUCCCAUUUGCCUGUUGUUCGAUUGUAUGACAUUGUGGAUUUUAAGCUGCUAUUAUUGCAUUUCAGUGACAAUGGACACAUUAGCUUUUUCACGGGAGGAAGAGAGUUCCUGGGGCCUUGAAAGACAGGCUCCACAGUGCUGAGUUUGUGGGAAAAGCAAAAUCUUUUGAAGUCUUCAUCUUUCUCUCAGUAACGGCUUCUUUCAGGUUUUAACAAAAGGCACGUCUCUGUCUGGCUCAGGGCUCUGCCGUGUGUACUUGAGGGAGAACGUCCUGGCCUCCUUUAACUUGCGUGCAUGUCUGUUGUGCAGAAUGUCUCCUCAUGAGUCUUCUGAGGGACAAACCAAUGGGAAGGAAUAAAGGGGAUUCCUCCUCAGUCCCAGGUCCAUCCCGAAUCCCGUGAACCUUAAAGAACUCAUCUGCUAUGCACUGUGCUUGUGUGCGGUGGACCCACAUUCUGUGUCCAAGUGCGGGGAAGCUGGUCAUCUGUGUUAGCUGGAACCUGCCCACUUUGGAGAUUCAGAGGCAGCCAUGCCAGUGACUUCCCGAAUCACCACAUGGAUCUCCCAAAAGGCAUGGCGGCUCUCCCUGCACAGCAGCAUCCCCCCCACCAUUCCCCACGGAUGCAUUGUGUAGAAAUGAUUCUGGGCCUGGUGACCGCCAUCUAGUUUAGGAUUAAUUAAAUGGCCCUGUGGCGUAGUUCCACCCCACAGAGCUGCGAAUCUCUCAGCUAAUGAGGGAAAGAAAAGGAGAAACUCUUGACUGUUUAGAUUCCAGUUAAAGUAGCUGGAAUCUGAGCAGCCACUACAUUAUCUCAGCAGAGGCUUUAAUUAAACUGAUUUGUUUUCAGUGUCGUGUUUGCUUGAAGGAUUUGACUUCCCACCAGAGCACAGAAAAGCCUGCAAGGAGGACCAGAUGGGCUCAGUAUUGGGAAGUCAGAGGGCAAGAAGGUGACAGAUGGAUGCAGAAGCAUUUCACUCCAGGGUAGCAAUCCAACCCCCACCCUUCCUGCUCAGCCUGUUAUAGCCCACGAUGCUGCGUAGGAAGCAACUGGCUUUCCCUGGUCCUUCUCCUUAUUACUCGUGCUCUGCGUGACCCAGGAGCUGCCUUCAGACUGAUAGCUGAAGUGGGCAGGUGUCGGGGGGCGGGGGGCCGUACUUCCAGCUAUUGAGACUCUCAACCACUCUUGAAAGGGAAAGGGGGCAGAGAGGAUUAUUAGAAAUGCAUGUUAAUAUAGUAACUAGUGGGAGAACAGCAGCUUAAUUACUCCAGCCUCACCCGUUGCAUUUGGGCCUAAUGACACUUUACCACUGAUAGGAAUUUACAGACGGAAAUGUUGUAAGUGUCACCAGUCUUGGAAGUGACUUAGAGUUAGUGACUCCUUUGCAGCAGCUGCAUAUCACAGGCCAUGAGAGCUGGAAGGGACUCGGGCCCCAUACACAGAUGUGGACACUGAGGGUCACAGGUUUUAUCAGAACAAAUCUUUUUUUCUACCAACUCCCCUUUGAGAGUGUAGCAUAAGAGCACCGUGAGCUUUCCGCCCAGCAGUUUUGUAAAUUCUGCAUGUAAAAUCACUGACUACAAGUGGGGAGAGAUGGGAAGAAUAUUUGAGCUGACAAAGGUAACAGCAGUCAUUCACAGUAGCUUGUCGUUGUUGUUUUGUCCAGGUUUGGCUGGGGCUUUCCCUGUUGCUGAACUUAGGGUCUCCUCUUAGGUGGAGCAGCCAUUCUGAGAGUGUCUGUCUACAACUGCCAAGGGGGGAAGGGUGGGGUUCCAGGAUGAUGUGGGCACCUCAUCCCCUCCUAAGUCCACGUGCUCAGUGGUUAUUUAGAAGAUGAUGCAGAAAGCCACUCCAAAAUCUCACCCCUUGCUCCCAUCUCCAUCUAUUAUGGAAACAUUUCAUCAGACCUGGCAUGUCUGAGAUACCCAAGGUGAUUUGGGGUUUGACCAAAAGAAGUCUAGUGAGAGUAAAUUACAGAGGCCUGCUUUCAUUAUUAUGGACCAAACGAAGGUCACGGAAAACCCAGCCAGCUUUAUGCUGUUACCUAGCCAUUGUGCAGUGGGAAACACAAUGGCUACUCCUGUUAGGGGACCUUGACCUUAGUCCAGCACCUCAGAGAGGGGCCAAUCCUAAUUGAGAGUUGUUUUGGCUGACGCUGUACCUCACAAUUGUGAUGCCCCUGUUUAACCACUAGAGGGCGUGGCGGCCCUCUGUGGCACAGCCUGGGACGCUUCCAUCAGUUAUAGAGGUGGUCUGUGUACAGUCAAAACCCGAAUGACAGCAGUGGAUGGAUUCUUUGUGCAGUGAGAUGCCUGAGGAAGGACAAGAAGAGAGCAAAAGAUUUGCUCAUGUGACUGUGCUCACUUCUAGUGACUUUUAUCUACUUACAUUACUAGCCUGAAAUAUGUUGUUGGAUUUUAAGCAGGCUGUUGUUGGGGGGAUGUUUGUUUUUAUAUGCUCCUAACAGACUCUGCUUUUGAAAAAUGCUUAUCAUUACGUGGGUGAUUUCUUGACUAGGGAUUGCUUUUCUAAAGGCAAUAUGGGGUAAAUGAAUAUUCAAGAUGAACUAUGAAAAUAACGUUUAAAGGUCAGUGUGCAAAUAGCCUCCUAAAAUACCAUUUGUGUAUCCAUUAAGACUUGGGUGGGGGUGUGCAUGCUUUGUGCAGAAAGAAGACAUGGCCAAAAAGGACAGAAUCUCUCCCCACUCUCGUGCCCCAUAACCAAACAUAAGCUAGUUGGUCUUGUCUAGUAGAUGGGAUUUACCAUAGCUGAACACAACUCUCACACUCUGGGGAGGGCGGGGGGGGGGGGAGGGCAGAGGCUCCAGUAACAGGAAGUUAGCAAAGCAGAAGUAGUACUCUUUCAUUCUUGGAGGUGGUUUGGAACUUUAUGUAGAAUAAGGACAUACUUGAAAUUAUAGUGAUUCUUUAGUGCCCAAUAACAUAAGAUACAGUGUCAUCAUUUGAAAGAGUCUUUCUUACAAGCUGUCUGACAGAGCAGGUGUAUGCCUAUUAGAUAUUAGCCGUGAAGUUUCUUCACUAUUGGGUGAAUCAUUAGGUAUAAAAAAUAAUUAUCAACCAGGCAACCUACUUUGCUUCCUAACUGAUGUCAUCCCACAUUGGUACGGGUGUUACACUGCUGGUCGGCCCAGCAGGGAAGCCGAGAGAGACCGGUGUGUCUGUUAUGAAACCACUAACUGCAUUCUUGACUGAAGACCAGUCAAGUCAUUUACGGGGAGGGUCUUCAGCUGAGCUCUCAGCUUCAGGAAGGAAGCACAUGGAGGAAGGAGGGAGGGGAAGUCACCCAGCUGGCUGUUCUUGUAUGGACAGGGAGGAGUGGCAGGUCACACACACGCGCUGGCCCAGCACUCCCUUGUGCUUCCCUGUAGCAGUGGCAUUUCAUUCCACAUGGUCCUAAGUCCCAGCUCCCCUCCUAUGGUUUGUGUCAAAUGUGCUUUAUCUGAUUGAAUUCAAACAUCCUGAAAUGUCACAUGCAGAUUUCUCGUGGGAAUGACUAUGUACACGUUUGCAAUCAUGUUGUGAGAAGUUAAAUGUGUGAGCUGGAAAAUACUAUUGGCAGGGAAUAAUAAAAAAGGAAAUCUUUGUUUCCUGCAGUGGGAACUGACCGUGUAGUCUUAACAGCCUUUUGUAAAAUAUCUACAGACCAGAUAACUUCCCCCUCCACUGCUUGCCCUUGGAAUUGUCUCUACAUACAUCAAGCAUACAAUAAAAACGUGAUGAAAUUAA